AUGCGCUCCAGCAUCGCCUGCGCGCGAUGCCGUCGCAGCAAGAUCAAGUGCGUCAACGCCGGAAUCGACACCACCUGCCGCGCCUGCGAAUCCUCUGGCCGUGAAUGCGUCUACCCAACUCCGGCCAUCGGCGUGAGCGGUGCCAAACGAAACCUCGAAGCCCUCGUGGACAGUGAUGACCGGAAUGGCGACUGGGACGGUCCCAAACGAGUGCGCUCGCGCAAAAUCUCAGGCAUGGCGGGCGCGGGUCCCGGUUCCAAGGCAGGUUUGGAUGCGCUUGACUCCUCGGUCCUGACGGCAAAGGUCUGGGAGGCUGUCUUCGACCUCUUCCAGUCGCAUUUCGCGACUCUGUUACCUUUCCUCCAUCCGGCUACCUUUCUCGGUCAGAUUCGACAACUUUCGACUCCCGCGCCCGUCUCGGUGGAGGGACAAGAUCCCGCACGCUUGGCGGCCAAGGUAGACCUCUCAGCGUCACUGAUCCCCUUGGGAGUAUUGGCUCUCACGGCCCGCUUCCACCCUCCAUUGGUCGCAUACCACUCGCCGUCGUCGCCUGGCCAUUCCUCCAACCCUCUUUCCGCGUCAGAAUACUACGCGACGGCUUUGCGCAGCCGGCUGGCCGGCCUCGAUGGCGCGAGUCUCGCUGUACCGGACCUCGCGCGAGUGCAGGCGUUGCUGAUGCUCGCUUUGCAUGAGUGGGGAAUGUGCCGUGGCAAGAGUGCCUGGGUUUACGUCGGCAUGGCGAUUCGACUUGCACAAGCCAUGGGGCUGCCAUUCGAGUUGGAAAAUGAAUUUCCGCCUCGCGAGAUGUCGCGUUUAUCGCCUGGGAUUAAAGCCGAGGAUCACUUCGGCUUGCCGCGACGGGCCGAAAUGAAGGAGCAGACUUCCGAUGAUGUGAUUUCACAAGAGACGAAGCGCCGAACGUUCUGGGCUUGCUUCAUCCUUGAUCGGUGUUUGAGCAGUGGGAAAUAUCGCCCGCGCAUGAUUCGUGUGAAGGAGCUCGAAAUUCAACUUCCGAGCGACAAUGCGUUUGCUUUUGGCGAGCGUGUCCGGACCGCUCGAUUGAAAGAGCCGACGGUGCGUCGCCCUCAGAGUUUUGGCUCCCAAGGUGUGCAGAUUCCAAGCAUUCGUCAGAGUCUGGGUGGAUUCGGUGAUGAGAAGAUGCCGGCCACCAAUGGAACCCCGGAUGGCAAGGCAUGGUCACCAAUCUCGCGCCGAAAAGAUUCUAGUGAAGAGGAUGUUGAUCGAUGGGAAGUCGGCGCGGAGGAGUCGGUGCUCAGCCGCGUGAUCCGAAUCAUUCGCAUCUGGGGCAGCAUCGCCAAAUGGUCCUGUGCUGGCGGUCGUCGAACCGAGCAAUAUCCACCGUGGCACCCCGAGUCGCGUUUUGCGUCUCUGCGAAUGCAACUGAAUGAGUUCCAGGACAGUCUGUCCCGCAAUCUGCAAUAUUCCUUGCGAAACACCGAUACACAUAUCAUGUACAAGACUACGCUGGCCUCGUAUACCGUGAUGCACGUGGUCUACUUCUUGUCCGUAAUUGUCUUGCACCGCGCUUACAUCCCAUUCUUGCCACUUCGUUGCAAUGAGCCUAUCGGUCCCCUGGACGAGCCUUUGUUCCCCGCGGACAAGGUCAACGGCCCGCCCGAGACGUUCUGGCGCGACAGUGCCCGUGAGCUCUUCAAGGCGGCUCGACAGAUGAUCGACCUCGUGGCGACCUGCCAAGGCCGCGGUGCUCUGGUUGAGAACCCUCUCGUCGGAUUUGCUAUUUACAACGCUGCUUUCAUCGGUGUCUACAGCAUGCAUUUCUCGCAUAUGGACCCUGAUGGUCUCAUGGGUUCCAAGCCUCCACCGGCAAGUCAUGAUAGCCACCAGCCCGGUGCAGUGCAGGCUCGGAAGGCUUUGGAUAUCCUUCGAGAGAUGCGUCCGCGUCUGAAGAUGGCUGUGGGCUGGUUCCGCACCCUAAACCGUCUGCACAGCUACUUUUCCAAGGUCAAGCGCGACUACCGUCGUUACUCUCGCAACCGUCUUGACAGCAUGUCCGAUGUGUCUGAUCAUGGUAUGACCAACGGUGUUCGCACGAUCCGCGAGGGUGGAGGCGGCUUGGAAGAAUUCAAGCUCCUGGAGAAAAUCUUCCUCGACUUCGGAUCCAUUGAAGACCACCUUGACGGAGAAGAUGAAAGCACCGUCAUCGCCGGAGACCUGCUCCCCGAACGCAUCCCCAGCGACGCUGGCAGCAACGCCGUGAAAAGCGAUCUCGGUGACCCGACCGACCAAUCUCUAGACGGCGCUGGCGGGCGUCGCGAGUCCUGGGUCCCUGUCAAUAGCCCUGGUCUGCCACCCCCAAGCCUUGAGGGCGACCGACGACCCAGCCUCCCCCUCCCAAAUAGUCGCCCGAUGCCAUCACAAUCACCAUACUCUCUCCCAUCCCUCCAACAACAUCACCCGGACGGUUCAAUGUACACCUCCUCCCCACCAAACCUUCCAUCCAUCGCUGCCACAACCCAGUCACCCUCCCAAUACCUCACUGCAACUUCAAACCGCCUCCAACCGAUAACUUCCUGGCUCCCUUCUCGCCCGACAGCCCCUCCACCCCCUUACUCUCAAUCUCUUCCCCCAAUCAACGCAGCAACAAGCGUCCCCGUCCUGCCACACCCAGGCUCAGUCACUCUCGCUCCGUCCCCACCCUUAACCUCAACCGAAGUCCCCGACUCAUCCCUCCUCUCUACAAGUCUCGGCGGCGACGACGUCCUCGCUUUCCUAGAUGGUUCCGAAUGGUCCAUGGCACUCAAUGCCCCGUCGGAAAUCGGUAUCCCGGCCGGUUGGCUGAGCGCCAUUUGGACGUCGUUCAGUCGGUGA